UUGUAUUUUUCUUUGAACUUCUUAUUAUUCGUACGCUAGGAGAGAAAAGACUGUCUAAAGCUUACGCCGGUCUUCUUGUUGAUUCUUACGCUACUUUUCGAUACGUUUCACACCCAAUUAAAACCCCAAUAUCAUCAGCGUCAUCAUCAUUCAGUUUAGGUCUCUUCAAAAACCUUGCAACAUCCGGCAAAAAAGAAAUCCAAUGGAGGGAUGGGAUCCAACGACCAAAUCAACACUAACCCAAAUCCCUCUUUUAACAAUCAAAGCCGGCCCACGAGACGGCACCCUUUGGACACAGCGAUUGAAAGAAGAAUACAAAGCAUUGAUCGCAUACACUUCAAUGAACAAAUCAAAAGAUAAUGAUUGGUUUCGGAUAUCGUCUGCGAACCCCGAAGGAACCCGAUGGACCGGAAAGUGUUGGUAUGUUCACAAUUUGUUGAAAUAUGAAUUUGAUCUUCAGUUCGAUAUCCCUGUUACCUAUCCUGCUACAGCUCCUGAACUUGAAUUGCCCCAACUUGAUGGAAAGACUCAUAAGAUGUAUAGAGGAGGAAAGAUUUGCUUGACAGUUCAUUUCAAGCCACUUUGGGCCAAAAACUCCCCUAGGUUUGGUAUAGCACAUGCUCUCUGUUUGGGCCUUGCACCUUGGCUUGCCACCGAAAUUCCAAUUCUUGUAGAUUCUGGCAUGAUCAAGCAUAAGGAUGAUGUGGUCUCAACCAGCGAAACCUAGUAUAUCUUUUAAUAAUUAAGGAGGAUGAUAACUUUACCAAUUUCCUUUUCAGAGUCGUGGUUUGUCACAAACAAAAAUAAGUAUGGCCGAGAAACUGUGCAAUAUAUGAUGUUAUGUAAUGUUGAGAUAACCUUCUUUGUUUUAAUUAAGCUAUUUUUGCCCUCCU